AUGCGUGGCGGGGUCCUGGCCGUGAAAUACCAUGCGUACACACUGUGGCUGUUCAUUUUCAGUGAUUUAAAAACCAUCAUUCUCCCCAGCACGGUCUUCGGUAUCGCCAAUGCUUGGGCAGCUCCGCGAUAUGGCAUUUCUGUCGCUGAAACACCCUCAUCACCAAAUGAAAUGGAAAACAUGCGACGCGUUGUCGCUCAAACCAUCUCUGUAAUAUUUUGGAUCUUGGCGAAUUUUCUUCCCUUCGCCAUCAACAACCAGCGCGAUCGAAGUGCCAUUCUCGAAGAUGCAAUCAAUAAGCCAUGGCGACCCUUUCCCAGUGGCCGAAUCAUACCUAGCCAUGCGACAAAACUGAUGGUCUUUCUCUAUAUCGCGGCCCCAGUGUACAGCAUGGUCAUCAGCGGAGGGCAUCGACAGUCUUUGGGCCUGGUCGUUCUGGGGACCUGGUAUAACAACUGGGGUGGCGCUGAGCACAACCCCUUGGUGCGCAAUCUCAUCAAUGCCCUUGGAUACACGUGUUUCAUAUCUGGGGCCCUGGAGGUAGCGCUGGGCAGUGCCCUUUUACCAUUGCACCUUUCUCACCCAUUGGCACAGUGGCUGCUGGUCAUCGGGGCAAUUAUCGCUUCAACGGUGCAUUUGCAGGACUUGCCGGAUCAACUGGGUGAUGCGAAACGUGGCCGGGCCACCAUUCCGUUGGUUCUCGGUGAUGCUGUGGCUCGGUGGACGAUUGCUGUCCCUAUGCUGGGCUGGGGGCUGUUUUGUCCGGUUUUCUGGGGUAUUAACCGUGGGUGCUUUACCGGGAGUACACUGCUAGCGUGGACAGUCGCGAUCCGUGUUGUAGUGAUCCGCAAUGUGUUGGGAGAUAAAUUGACUUUUCGACUCUGGAACUGUUGGAUUGCCAUGGUUUACCUGAUGCCGCUGCUAUCAAGAGGACACAUUCACUGA